GUUUGUGGUGUCGUCUGAAAAGAAAUACUGGUCCCCAGAGUAGCCAGGAAGCAGACGUUCUCCCGAGCCCUCCUCACAUCGGCUGGCACUGACCUAAGGAAAGCUGGCUGCUCGUAGGCUACACAGACUCUGAAGGAAUACAAGCGUGUGAUUCGCCAUCCAGGCCUUGCGCAUCCAUCCAGCGGGAGACCUUCAGUGGGACGGAAUCACCCAGUAGGGUCGAGCCUUCCCUAGACUGCUGCAAGAAGAACGCACGGCCACAGGACUCUCCUGCCCCGUUUAUAAGCUACUCCAGGCCCAGUGUGCAGUUGCGACCGACCAGCCCAGCUCGCGUCCUGAUUCUCUCGUCAAGGUCUGAACCUCUACAUGUGCAACAUAUAAGGGACGACCAUAUGGCCGACUGACGAGCGAGAGCGAAUCUGAACCAAGUUGUGACCCGCGAGUUGAAGCAAGAUUGUCGCAAGGCCGCCGAGCCGAGAGAGCCGGCGUCAUGGAUAUAAAGAGUGUAGCAGUUCGGUGGAUUUACCACGGGAGAACGCGUUCGGACUCCACGUUAUCAGCCCUGCUUCUAGCAGUUCUUAUUUCGCACCAUGUGGCGACAAUAGCAGGAAUUGAGAUUGAGCUUCCCGAGGGGUCUGCAGACCUCAUAGAUAUUUUUCAAUUAAGGGGAUUACCAAAGGGGAUCAACAAAGCAAUAGGUUUCUGUGAAAACCGGCCGGAUGGACCUGAUGUGGCAUACAGAGUUUCAAAAGAUGCGACGCUGGUGGUUCCAACCACAGAGCUCUUCCCAAAUGAUGCAGAGAAGACUUUCCCUGUUGACUUCUCGGUGUUAUUAACAGUGAAGCCUUCGCUUGCAUCACGGUCCUACCUCUUCACUGUCAUUGUUGAAAAUAAUGUACAGUUUGGUGUACAACUGGCUGACGUCGACUGGGUAUUCCUGUAUGCGGACGGCGAGGGCAGACCAGGCUUCGAGGAAUCACCCCGAUUUAACCACAAUGUAGCAGACGGACAGUGGCACAGAAUAGCCUUCAGUGUACAGAGGAACAAGGUCAGCAUGAUCAUGGACUGUGACAUCAAAAACGAGGUGACCAUGGACUUGGACCGCUCCCCAGGCGCCGAGGGUGCCAUCAGGACGGACGGCAUGACCGCUUUCGGCAGACACUUCUUCCGGGAAAAUGUUGCUUAUGAGGGCUUGGUACAAGACAUCUUCAUCAUUCCAGACCCCCUGGCUGCUUACGACCAGUGCGUCAAGUACACCCCAGACUGCCCCAAGAAUCAAACAACUGGCACACUGGACGGCAACGGCAAUGGCUUCGACCUGUUCGACAAAAUCGACUUCGACGCGGACUUGAAUAGAGGAGUCACAACGGACUUUGGCGAGGGGGAAAUCGGACUUUUCGGCGAAUCCAAUGUUAAGGGGCAGAAGGGUGAGCCUGCUGUCAUCGAACCUGGCAUGUUCAUCCCAGGAAGCCGUGGGUACCCUGGUCCUCCUGGUAUCCCGGGACCAAGAGGUUACCCUGGCCCAUCUGGAGACCCUGGUGCUCCUGGCCCAAGGGGCCCCCGCGGCAGAGAGGGUCUCCCCGGUGCUGACGGACUGCCUGGACCUCCCGGCCCUGGAAUCUCCAUCCCUCUGUCUAUGCUGGGGAGUCUGGGAAUGGGCGCUGACUGCAGCAAAGGACCCGGCGGCUGUAACGAGGCGGCCAUGGCUGAGCAGAUCAUGGCAGGAAUGAUUGGACCACCUGGCCCGUCUGGUCCUGUUGGCAUUGCUGGAAGACCCGGACCUCCUGGUAUGCAAGGAGGCCUUGGGCCUAAGGGUGAUGUUGGAGAGAUGGGACAAAUGGGUCCUAGAGGGCCUAGGGGACCAAUGGGACCACCUGGCAAGGAUGGCAAAAGGGGAAGACACGGCAAAGAUGGAGGAAGAGGCCCACCUGGACAGGAUGGUCUGAAGGGUGAGAGGGGCUUCGAUGGUCUGCCGGGUCUGCCUGGACAAAAGGGUAACCGGGGUGGUCAUGGUUCACCUGGCCCUUCUGGUCCUCCUGGAGACAGUGGAGACAAGGGAGACGAUGGAGAGCGUGGACUGCCUGGAAUGCCCGGUGAGCCGGGUCAGCGAGGUCUGAUGGGUCCACGUGGUCCCCCUGGUGUCCAGGGUCCUCCUGGCAUGCCCGGUAACAUGGGACCUGGUGGGAUGAAGGGUGCAACGGGAGCCCCAGGUAAACCAGGUGCACCUGGUCCCCAGGGUCUGAUCGGACCACCCGGAUCCCCCGGACCUCAGGGAGCUGUAGGACCACCUGGUCUCACGGGUCCAUCAGGAAAGCCCGGACUGCCUGGUCUGCCCGGAGUUGACGGCCUGCCUGGUCAUCCAGGUAAGGAGGGAGUACCUGGACCUAAGGGUGCCACCGGACCACCUGGACCACAGGGCCCUGUCGGAUAUCCUGGGAGCAGAGGCAUCAAGGGAUCCCAAGGAACAAGAGGUCCCCCUGGCCAGAAGGGAGACAAGGGUGAAGAUGGCUUCCCAGGUUUCAAGGGUGACCAGGGCCCCAAGGGUGACCGGGGCAUUGGAGGUGAAAUUGGACCACGUGGCCAAGAAGGACCUGAAGGCCCGAAGGGCCGUUCUGGAGCACCUGGUGACCCUGGACCUCCUGGUUCACCUGGUGAAAAGGGUAAAAUGGGUAUCCCUGGCCUCCCUGGGUACCCUGGACGGAUGGGACCGAAGGGUUCUAGGGGAUACACAGGGCGACCCGGACGACCCGGCCCGAGGGGAAAGAGGGGUUCUACAGGCAAGCCUGGAGGACGUGGUCAGAGGGGCAAACGAGGAGAGACAGGAAGUCGUGGGUCUCCAGGACCAUCUGGGCCAAUUGGAAUAAAGGGUGAUCCUGGUGAGAACGGACCAGCUGGUGGACCAGGAGAGAGGGGACCACCAGGACCUCAGGGACCCCCUGGAUUCCCAGGACCAAAGGGACCACUUGGACCAUCAGGAAAGGACGGAAUCCCAGGGCAUCCAGGACCACGGGGAGAAUCUGGCUUCCAAGGAAAGACUGGUCCUCCUGGCCCUGCUGGUGUGAUUGGGCCGCCUGGCGGUCAAGGUGACGUUGGAGCGGCAGGAAACCGUGGUUUCCCUGGACCUCAGGGUAGACCAGGUGAACAGGGAUUACCUGGAGCUGAGGGCAAGGACGGAGAAAGGGGACCCCCUGGUCUGCCUGGAGAGUCUGGUAAGGUGGGCCCACCUGGACUGGCUGGCUUCCCUGGACCACGUGGAUUGAGAGGACCACCUGGAACCCCUGGUACUAAGGGUGAUCCUGGACCCAGAGGAGAGGGUGGACCUGAUGGCUCGCCCGGCCCAAGAGGAGAACCUGGCCCAGUUGGCCCCAUCGGUGUGCCCGGCCGUCCCGGUCAGCCCGGACCCCCCGGCCCCGCCGGUGAGAAGGGAGAGCAGGGAGAGGAGGGCAUCAUGGGAGGACCUGGGAGAGAUGGACUGCCCGGCUCACAGGGUCUGCCUGGAGGACCUGGACCAGCUGGACCCCCCGGAGAGCCUGGGGACAAGGGUGACAUGGGUAUCCAAGGUGGAAGAGGAAACAAGGGAGCCCGAGGUGACCCAGGUCCCAGCGGCCCGCCCGGCCCCCCUGGACCCAUCGGCAGACCAGGACCUGCAGGUAACGAUGGAGAGCCCGGACCCAGAGGCAUCCAAGGUAACUUUGGACAGAAGGGUGACGACGGUCCUCGUGGUUUCCCCGGACCACCCGGUCCCAUCGGUCUGCAGGGCAUGCCUGGUCCCCCGGGUAUCAAGGGCGACCAAGGAGAUCCCGGUCCUCUGGGCCCGCCUGGUCCAGAAGGUCCAAGAGGAAACCCAGGCCCAUCUGGUGCUGAUGGUCCCCAAGGCCCGCCUGGAAAGCGUGGACAACCCGGCCGACCUGGAGAGAAGGGAGAACCUGGUGACCCCGGCCAGCCUGGUCUGCCUGGUGAUGCUGGUGGUCCUGGAGCCAAGGGAGACCCUGGCCCUAAGGGUGAGGAUGGUUCGUCUGGCAUGCCUGGUCCUCCCGGCAAACCUGGACCCAGAGGAGAGGACGGCCCCAAGGGAGAUCCUGGUCCUAUUGGUGCACCUGGUGACCCUGGUCCUGUUGGAAUCCCCGGACCCCCUGGUCAAGACGGAGAGUCUGGAGUGAAGGGUGAGCGGGGAGAGCGUGGACAGCAGGGCCGUCCUGGUCCGUCUGGAGAACAGGGUCCGCCCGGUCCCCCCGGGAAGCAGGGUGUCCCCGGUCUGCCUGGUCUGGAGGGGCCUGCUGGGAUAUCUGGAGACAAGGGUGACAGCGGUGAGACAGGACCCCCAGGACAGGCUGGACCAGUCGGGCCUCCGGGUCCUCCUGGUAAGUCUGGACCGGAAGGCCUCCGCGGCAUCCCUGGACCUCCUGGCCAACAAGGACCCCCUGGACCGUCUGGCGACCCUGGCCCUCCCGGCAUCCCCGGAUCACGAGGUAUCUCUGGACUGAAGGGAGACCCUGGACCUAAGGGAGAGAAGGGCCACCCUGGACUGAUCGGUCUGACCGGUCCGAUCGGACCCCCAGGAGAGAAGGGAGAGAGAGGCCUGCCUGGUCUGGACGGACCCAUUGGACCUAAGGGAGAUUCCGGAAACGACGGCCCUCGUGGAGGGCCAGGAGAACAGGGAACGACCGGCCUGCCUGGAGGUCGCGGAGUCAAGGGAUCAAAGGGAUAUAUGGGACCAGCAGGACCUAAGGGAGAAGUUGGAGCACCAGGACCACCUGGACCUCCUGGCCCACCAGGAGGAGAGAGAACACCACUACCUCUGAACAUCCAGAAGAAGACCAAGAGAGACGUGUCGGAUGACUUUGAAGGCUACCAGGCCGUGGAGGGAGACGGCAUCAGCUUCCUGGACUAUGAGGCCGGAAUGGAGGAGAUCUUCGGUUCGCUCAACUCCCUCAAGAUCGAGAUCGAGCAGAUGAAGGCACCACUAGGCACACGGGACAACCCAGCCAGAACAUGCAAAGACUUGUACAUGUGUCACAAGACCUUCCCAGACGGCAUGUACUGGAUUGAUCCUAACCAGGGCUGCUCUAAGGACGCCAUCCAGGUGUUCUGUAACCUCACUGCCGGAGGAGAGACCUGCGUCGAGCCGGACGAGAUGCGCAAAUCGCAUCGAAUGGCAUCGUGGAGAGAGGAAAAUCCAAAGGAUUGGUUCAGCGACUACAUAAGAGGGUUCCCCAUCUCCUACACAAGGGUGGGUGUUGUACAGUUGACCUUCUUGAGGCUUCUGCACGCCAAGGCAACACAAAACUUCACCUACUUCUGUUCCAACUCCGUCGCGUGGUACGACUCCAAGACUGGCCGCUACAGCAAGGCCAUCACGCUGCAGGGCAACAAUGAUAAUGAAUACACGUGGGACAGCAAAACCAGGCCAGAAGUUAUUUAUGAUGGCUGCAAAGAUGGGAAAUACGACAAGACAGUUUUCGAAAUCACAACAACAAAAAUGUUCGACCUGCCGAUCACGGACUUAAAGGUUACGGACAUCGGAAAGGAUGACCAGAGGUUCGGCUUUGAAGUGGGAGCCAUAUGUUUCAGCUAAGGGGGAGGAGGACCACCUAACCCAGGAACAUGCAAAUUUUCAGAAAUAUUGAUGAUCUAACAAAAGGCUAAACGAAAGAAAAAAAUUUUGUGAACUUUUUGAUACGAGCCUUUUAUUUUUGAGAUGUCAUGAUAACAUGCCCUAGUGAGAAGGAAACAGGGUGACGAAAGGAGAGCAUUUAAGCCAGGAUGGCCACCGUCUAGUUUCCCAUAAACAACUACCCAGGAAGUUUUCAGGGACUUGUAGAAAUCUUGGCUGCCCUGAGAACAAAAUCUACAGCCAUACUGUUACACCAUUUUUGGUGUCAAAUAUUGCAAUUACAUUAGUAUGACCCUAAGCACAGCAAUGGGUUUCAUUGUUACAGUGGCCAUUACUUGUCACAACGUAAACAGCUCCAUAUCAAGACUGGAAUCUGUUGCUGUGUUCAGGGCCAGAAACCCUUGGUGCUAUGUCAAACAUUCUACCUGUAGCCUUUGACAGGCCUUGCUCAAGGCUAUGAAGUAUAAACCCAAGCAAAACCCUCGACAGGCCUGUUCUUAGGCUGUUUUCCUUAAAGUUGUCACUAGCCAAAAAUGAGAAGUACUUCAGUGCUUGGCUUUAAGACAAAUUUCCAAAGGUGCUAUGAAACUGUAUGUACUUGGCCAUUAUGGAGAAAAUUUGCAUGUUACUGGCUUGUGUAUGCAAAUAUUAUUUUUUUGGCAUUUUGAGUAAGCAUUUUAUUACCAGGUAACAUGUUAUCUUUCACACAGGUGCUAUCUCUUCAAGUUAUUAUUUUGUAAGCAUUUUUACCCAAGUUGAGAACAUUUUGAAAAUUUUUAAAUUUUGUACUUUCCUACUGUAAGUAAGGACAUAAUGCCCAUAGAUUUAGGUGUUAGAGAGGCUUUUUGUUUAAUAGAUGUGUAAAACUGGCUAACUGGAACAACAUAUUAAAAAUGUGGCACUGAAAAGUUUUUGUAAGCAAUGUUUGGCUACUUCAAGUCUAUAUAUAAAUCUAUAUAUACUAGUUGCUAAGUUUUUGUAUUCUAGUAGCUGGCUAAGGUGAAUUUGUGACAUGAUCUAUACAGCUAGUUGGUAUUAGUUCAGCUCAUAUCCACAUCUUACCCCACCCUUCCCUUUGUUGCAAAAGGUUACGUUUGACCCUCUGGAUGUGUGUACCCAUUCACUUUGACCCAAUGGCGUCACCUGCUACAUGAUACUGUUUCCCAUUCUCGGGAACGCUGUUCAGUCUCACCUGGCGUUAUCAGCUUUGUGACAGUGUACGUGCAGGUGAAUGGGAACAUUUGUGAACAGGUGCCUCAGAUUCGUUUCUUCCUGACGGGCUGUCCUUGGCUCUAAAACGACCUUGCCAACCAACAUGGCAGCCGUCAUGGGACAAGUGAAUCUGUGCCGCUUCCAGCUGAGGUCAAAGGUCACAGCCAAUCCAAGUGAACUGUGGGAGAAACGAUGUGUGCACUAUCGUCUUUUCACUUCCAUCUGGUCCUCAGUUUGAGAGUGUGAUAUGGAGGGUGGUGUGCUUGUCUGCUACAGGGUGCUACUUAGACGUUAGACUGACUCACAAAUAAACAGACAGCUGCGUUGUAUCUAGAUAGCUGUAUUCUACUAAAUCUCUACAAGUUUCUCUUUUAUAUAGGAACACAUUGCCAGUAAAUGAAAGUAAUAAUCGUAUGUAGGAGGCAAGGAAUAUGUGGAACUGCCAGAAAUAAUGGAUAACGAACUUCUAACAGAAUGAUUCCAACAACUAAUAUGACAAGGAGUGAGAGUUCCACCACAGCGUGUUAACUACAGGGACAAUCACUGUUGAUAAAUUCCAAGUGUCUGUUGUAAAAACUUUGCUUGGCUUUGUAAAUAAGCAGGUGUAAGAGCCGGCUGUGAUGGCCAACAUUCUCUCAUUUUCAGGGAGAACUUUAACUAAACAAUCCACUGGCCAGUGGAGAGGGCAGUAAAAACACCAGUAACAUGAAAUGUCUCUGCGUCGCUGCUCUUUUCAAACUCCUAGGAAGAACAACCGAACACCGUUGGUCUGAAAGUUGAUUGGCUGCUGUCCAUCACAGCCCUCUUGCCUGUUUUUAGCAUCCAUCCUCUGAUCUCUCACACGGUGUACAGUCUGGUCCGGGAUUGGACUCUGCUCUUAUCCCACUGCAUGCCCCCUUCCUCAUCCCAAAUCUCUGACUCUUUACGUCCGGACAACUUAUGUACCAUACAUAGGCAGCCUCAGAUGUCUUCCCUACCCCUCCGAUCCCUUACCUAUACCUGUACACUGUGUGAGAAUAAUACCAAUACUGUCACUACCUACAAUGUGCUGAUGCACUUCAGUAUAUCACAACCUCUUCAGUGUCAGUCAUAAGAGACAAAGAAAUUGUCUAUUUUUAUAAAGUUUGGAUACUUGUCAUGUAUACUCUAAGAAAAUUAUCCUUUUGGGAAGUUACUUCUGUGUAUCUUGAAAUGUAGGCUAACAAUUGUCCACCCAAUAAAAGGUGCAUCGCCAUGCA